AUGAAUCUUCCACCUUGGCCAGCUCAUGAAGCCGUCCACCACGAUGUGGCAUACCACCUUCAGUCGGCCACCGCGACGUACGAUCUGAGCCCAUACUCUGCAGAAUACGACUUUCACGAUCCAGCAUCAACGCCUUAUCAGAGUUCCCAGAUUCAUUCAGGUGACGCGGAUGCCAUUUUCAGUUCACCACAAUCUUUCGCCGACCCAAAUUCCUCGCCGGCAUCAUCGUUGUUUUCGCCAGCCUCAACGAUAGUACCAUCCAGCGAGCACUCCGAGAAAGACCCCAAGGUCUUGGAAGCUGCGCGGAGCCUCUGUUCGUUCAAGAUGGCAGGUGCUCCCCCGGGCGCAGCGACAACAGAAAGCGCCUGCCCCAACUUUAAUGACCGUUCUCAGGCUGCUAAAGCCAACUACUUCCUCCCAGGCGCUCGAACGCCAAGUACUCGCCAUCAAGACACUACUGAUCAGAAAGACGAUUACGACACGGAUGCAACCAUUGACGACCCCAUCGACCACCACAUCAACAACCCCAACGACGACCCCAACCAUGACCCCAACGACGACUCUCACGACGACCCUAUCGACGACUCUAACGACGACCCUAUCGACGACCCUAUCGACGACCCUAUCGACAGUCACGACGACUCUGACGACAUUCGACACGCACAGCGACCUAAAUCACCUAGCCAAGACUCUCGUUGUACCCGUCACUCGACACGGCUGGCUAUGGACCGACAAAACGGUGGCUCGCAGCCGAAACCGUCAAAGGACAGCAAGCUACCCCCGUGGAAAAUCGAACAAAAGCAACACGACGAAGAAACCUAUCGCAAGAUGGGUCGCCCGAAGGAUAAUGCCCCCAAAGCGGAGUGGGAUGCCUUCAAUCAGGGAAUGUUGCAGGACAUCGGAGAUCGCUACACCAAGGAGAGACCCUGGCCCGAGCUUGAAAAGGGUCGGCAAGCCAUCAGGGACAUGAGGAAAGACUCGUUCAAGCUUUUAGAGGGCAAGAAGGAGCCCUACGGCGCCGGUCCUCCCCAACCACCGAGAGUCAGAGGUCUUCGGCCUCGACAGCAGCCGCAGGAGCAAGAGACCAUCCAACCCUUUACAAGGCAGGCGACGUCCUCGCUAGUUUCGAAGGAGGAGAUGGCCAAUUGCUACAGAAAGCUGGCUCGGAAUUCAGACGACGAGAGAGAAGAGGCGGCGCUCGAUGCAGAGGAGCUGCUGUCAACGCCGACGAAGCCAAAGACGAGAUCGAGAAAGAGACGAAUGGAGACGAGCGACGUUGAGCCGGAAGUGGUACAGAAGAAGCCGCGGCCCAGUAUGGAUCUCCAAUCUAACCUAGGGGAGAAAUGGGACCCUCAAGCGGACGAGAACGGACACCGACCGGCUAGAAGCACGAAUAAGAGAUCCGGAUAG